GCUUUUCCUGCUUCUUGCCCGGAGAGAGAAAACUCUGUUACUCACUUCGUCUCCAACUUCGAGAGGAAGUUACCACCUCUUCCCUAGACUCUACACUCUCUGCACUCAGCUCAGGCAGACACACACACACACACACUCACACACUCACACCCAAACACACACACACACGCUCUUCAGGACUUGACCACAGAAGCAACAGGGAAUCAACUGAAACAGUCAGGACUGUUCGUAAUGCUGUGUUUCUUUCAAAAUUUGGAGGGAAAGAAGGCUUUGCCUAAACCUUUCUGUGUGGACUGAACAUUUUCAGAGGGACAAUUCUUGUCAUCACAGACUGGAUGGCCAAAUGAACUUUUUGGACUGAGGACCAAAGAUCAAAGGCCCUGAUCCAAUCUCCGACUUCUCAUUAAAAGUAUGAGCUGGGACUGAGGACGUGCUUCAUAGUUUAAUUUUGUGGUGUGAGGAAAUCAAAGUCAAGCUCACCAUGGAUGUGAAGAAAAAGGAAAUGGACCUGCUGAGCAACAGCAUAGCUGCAUAUGCACACAUCAAAGCAAACCCAGAGAGCUUCGGCCUUUACUUUGUGCUUGGAGUGUGUUUCGGCCUGGUGCUGACGCUCUGCCUCCUGGUCAUCCGCAUCUCCUGUAAGCCACGGACCAACGUCGCCCCCCCCACGCCGGAGAAGAAACACUUAAAGGACAUCAGCGUGGAAGACGAGGAGAGCGAGGACGAUGACGAUGAAGAUGGGGAUGAUGUAGAGGUACCUAUGCCUUUGCCCAGCACAGAAAUCCCAGUUGGUAAUCAUACCAGCCAAUCAGAUGGGACACUGAGUGUGAACGUAUUUACUUCAGCUGAGGAGCUGGAACGGGCACAGCGACUGGAGGAGAGGGAACGCAUCAUACGUGAGAUCUGGAGGAAUGGCCAGCCUGAUAUCCUGGGGUCAGGAACAGGGACUAUUGGAAGAGUGCAUUACUACUAAGAUACACAAGGCUUCAGGGGAAAUAUUCUGAGCUCUGUGAAAGACAGACAAGGACCUUUGGGCUGAUCGGAUGUUCCUAAAGCCUGUGAGACUUGUGUUAGAUACAAAGCGACAUGAUGGAAACAGGACAGCAUUGAUGUGAGUCAAUGCUAUGCUAAAAUACUUAGCUCUGACACAGUUGAACUAUGUGAUAUUGCACUUCCCAUGUAGCAGUGCUAUGCAACUACAUGCCAUAUAAAGAAAGAGGUGUUUUAAAGACUGAUAAAUCCAUAUGGAAAAGAUGAAUGUGGGAGCUGACACCUGAAGUAAUCAGUUCAUUGGUGCUUAAUGACAAAAAAUGCACACAACUUGGUUAAUGUUUUAAGUACAGGGAAAUGAAAGCAUAUAUGGACAAUGUAUGUACUGUAUUUUGUAAUGAAGAUUAAUUGUGUGCAGUGAGGACAAUUGUCCUCUAGACUGGUAAGUUUGUGGGGGAAAGAAAACAAUCUCAGCAGUACUGUUAAAGGAAAUUACAUUGUUUGAACAAGCACAUAUCAAUCAAUUUGGGGGUGAGAUUGCAAAGUAUAAUGUAAAUACAAUUCAAAUUGGAGUCUUUAAUUUCCCCAUGCCUGUGUUUUCAGGGAUAAUUCCACCAAAGGAAAUGACAGAAUUAAAGUAUUACGCUGAAAUCA